AGUGUACAUUAAGCUAAAUCUGUCUUAGCAACUCUAGACAUAGAAUCAGAAAACAUGAAAUAUAACGUGAGGAUUGACUUUGUAAUAAUGCUAUUGCUGGACAGUUUUGAAGUUGCACAUAUGCAGAUUUGUCAAGGACUGAACGGAACGAUGUGUUGUUUCGGUUACGAGUGGGAUCAGAACCAAUCAAUGUGUAUACCUUGUAAAAAGGGAUAUCAUGGUAAGAAUUGUGACGCCAAAUGCCCACCCCUAUUUUUUGGAUUAGGAUGUCAGUCGCAAUGCAACUGUUCCGACAAAGACUGUGAUUACAUCAGCGGAUGUAGGCAAUUAACAGAAGAACAACCAAAUACUUUUACAAUCGGUUUAAACUACAACGUCAAAACACCAGAAUUUAAUGAUUAUGAACACAGCUUUAAUGAGAAACACAACGAUACUCUAUUUAAAGACAGAACGAUAAUAAUGCAGACCGUACUCACAUCCAAGGACACGGCUCAUUAUCAAUCGAAGCGUUUAAUGUAUGCUAUUUUCGGACUUUCAGUGGCGGCUGUUUUGAUAACAAUUACUUAUAUAUACACUUGUCAACUAGAGAAGCGUAAAAUUUUUACUAGCACAGUUUGAUACCUGGAGUUUUACUUUUUAUUUUUUUUUAAGAUGGUGCUACAUUGUAAAUGAUGUACCAAUGCUUAUAACUUUUAUGUAUCAA